AUGAAUAUCACUAACUGUACCACAGAAGCCAGUGUGGCUGCAAGACCCAAGACCAUCACUGAGAAGAUGCUCAUUUCCAUGACUCUGGUGAUCAUCACCACCCUGACCAUGUUGCUGAACUUGGCCGUGAUCAUGGCCAUCUGUACCACCAAGAAGCUCCACCAGCCUGCCAACUACCUGAUCUGUUCCCUGGCUGUGACAGAUCUCCUGGUGGCAGUGCUCGUCAUGCCACUGAGCAUCAUGUAUAUUGUCAUGGACAGCUGGAAACUAGGGUACUUUAUCUGCGAGGUGUGGCUGAGUGUGGACAUGACCUGCUGCACCUGCUCCAUCCUCCAUCUCUGUGUGAUUGCCCUAGACAGGUACUGGGCCAUCACCAACGCUAUUGAAUAUGCCAGGAAGAGGACUGCCAAAAGGGCUGGGCUGAUGAUCCUCACUGUCUGGACCAUCUCCAUCUUCAUCUCCAUGCCCCCUCUGUUCUGGAGGAGCCACCGCCAACUCAGCCCACCUCCUAGUCAGUGCACUAUCCAGCAUGACCAUGUCAUCUACACCAUUUACUCCACACUUGGGGCAUUUUAUAUCCCCUUGACUUUGAUACUUAUUCUGUAUUACCGGAUUUACCAUGCAGCCAAGAGCCUUUAUCAGAAAAGAGGAUCUAGCCGGCACUUGAGCAACAGAAGCACGGAUAGCCAAAAUUCUUUUGCGAGUUGUAAACUUACACAAACUUUCUGUGUGUCUGAUUUCUCCACCUCAGACCCUACCACAGAGUUUGAAAAGAUCCACUCCUCUAUCAGGAUCCCUUCCUUCGAUAAUGAUCUAGAUCACCCAGGAGAACGUCAGCAGAUCUCUAGUACCAGGGAACGUAAGGCAGCACGCAUCCUAGGACUGAUUUUGGGGGCAUUCAUUUUGUCGUGGCUGCCAUUUUUCAUCAAAGAGUUAAUUGUUGGUCUGAGCAUCUACACGGUGUCCUCUGAAGUGGCUGAUUUUUUGACGUGGCUUGGUUAUGUUAAUUCUCUGAUCAACCCUCUGCUCUACACGAGUUUUAAUGAAGACUUUAAGCUGGCUUUUAAAAAGCUAAUUAAGUGCCGAGAACAUACUUAGAUUGCAAAAAGCCAAAAGGCAUUGUUUUUACCAGCCUUGUGAGCGGACAGAGGAAAGGGGUUCAACUUAAUAAUUCUUGAACAUAGUUGGUUCAGAAAAGUUUGUAAGGUAGUGUGGUCUUUUUGUUUGUUCAUUUGUUCCGUUUGGUUUGAGGUUUGUUAUCUGGUGUGCCGUUUUCUACCUCCGGUUUUAUUUGUGGUACAUGAUUUCAAAUAAACAUCCAACAAAGACAGAAAUUUCAUAGAUGUAAUAAUAAGGCA